UUGAUUGCGGGACCAGUUGAAAAGCGAAAAUGGAAUCUGCAAAGAAUGCCAUGAGCUUCAGUAUUGAGCCACUAAAAGAACCAAGAGGCUUCAUUAAGGUUUUACAGUGGAUUCUAUCAAUAUUUGCUUUUGCAACAACUGUUAGUUUGGAUGAGAGAAUUGGUUUUCAUGCUGUCUGUAAUAAUGGAACACAUAAUACAACCACCGCAACUGAAAGAAUUCAGGUUGCUUAUCCAUAUGACUUGCACAAUGAAUAUUUUAUGUGGCCAUUGUGCACUAGAUCCUCAGGUGGCCCUGGCCAAAUGGCAUUGUUGGAAGGAGCAAAGUCAUCAGCAGAAUUCUAUGUGUUUGUAGGAGUAUUUGUGUUCCUAUAUUGUUUAGCAGCCUUAGUGUUAUAUCUGCUAUUUGAUGAACUCUAUCGGUCUAACACCAAUAUAGUAACUGCAGACUUUAUAAUUUCUGUUGUCGUUACCCUGUUCUGGUUGAUUGGAUCUUCAGCCUGGGCACAAGGAUUAGUGAAUUUGAAGUACUAUACUGACUUUGAUAAAUGUGGACAGUUUGAUGAGAUUGGAGCAGACUGUAAGGCUCCAAACCAGUGUGUGCAGACAAUUUUUCCCAAUUUUGCAAGCCUGAAUGUUUCUGUGAUUUUUGGGUUUCUGAAUAUGCUGGUGUGGGCAGGCAACUUAUGGUUCCUUUACAAGGAGACCCCAUGGUUCAAGGUCAGAUCAAAACCUCCUCAGGAACCUUCCACAGAUCCUCAGAGAAUAUAGAUUGUCUGUGUAUAACAGCAGACAUCUACUCCUUCUAAAAUGUAGAAUGGUGAAUUUGUUUUUUAAAAAAGUUUUACAAGUUUGGAAAUGGUUGAAAGCUACUCUUAUAGUCCCGAUAGUAGUAUAAUUAGUUUGGAUAUUUAUCUGUAUAAUCUAUGUUAAUGUACUGAUUGAAGUUCUACUGUAGAUUGCUUUCAGAAGCUUUUGGUGGAAAGAAAAUUCAUACCAAAGUUUCCAAUAAGAGUUUUCAAAAAUGACUGACAUUUUCGUACCAUAGCAUCAAAA